AUGUGGGGAAUAGAGGUGUUAAGUUUCUUGAGUUUGGGUCAGCAAGUUCUCGCGACCUUACACCGACCGAACCACAGAGCACAUCUCUCAUCCAACCACAUACAUACUAACAAUGUACACGUUCCUUCUUCCCAACCAACAUUAUCCAACAAUACGUACUCAUCUAUAACUAUAGAGCACUAUGACGAAUCCAUUUCGCGAACAUUGGAUGACGAAAAAUAUUUCACUCUUUCGAGUUCGGAAAUGAAAGGAAAUGACGAUUUUUUCACUGAUAACAUUGAAGAGUGUCCUAAUGAAGUUGCCACAAAGGCGAAAACAAAAUUUGAAGAUAAAGUUUUAGUUUUGGCUGCCAUUUCAGAUAGAGGUAUCUCUAGACCGUAUGUUGGGCAGGUAAGGGGGGAAGCAGAUGAUUCUAAUAUAUAUACCCAAAGAUGUCUUCCAAAAUUAGUUGAUUCUAUUAAUAAACACCACCUUGGGGACGAAAUAGUGUUUUGGCCUGACCUGGCAUCAUGCCAUUAUGUUCGAAUCACCAGAGAUUGGUUAGCAGCACAUAACAUACCUUUUGUGUCCAAGGAAGACAAUCCUCCAAACAUACCUCAAGAUUGA